CCAUUGUUUGCGUCUCGGAGAACUGGAACUCCUCUGAGCUCCUAUGAUUCCUGAUAAAUAACCCAAGAAAGCGAAAAAAGGAAACUACUUGUUCUUGAAAAUAGAUUAAAAUUUAAAACAGGUAGACCUCUCGGGAGGAUGCCGGAGAGCGAUGGCGACGCGAGCCAAAGCUCAAACUCCACUUCGGAUCCAAACCCUAACCCUAAUUCUAGCGCUAGAAAUGGCGAAAGCGCGCCACAGCUCAAGAAGUCUCGGACCAUCUCCGCCGCCACCGGCGCCGUCUUCCCCGGGCCCCUACACCCCGCCAUCCGCCGUUCCUCCACCGGCCCCCUCCCGCCCCCCCGCCGCCUCACCGUCGCCGUCGACAACCCCUCCGACGCCCCUCCCAAUGCCGGAGCCUUCGAUCGGGAAUGGUGCUUCCCCUCCUUCCUCGGGCCCUACCCCUCCCGCCCCCGGACCGCCGCUCGGGCGCCCGCCGGGGCCCGGCCGCCGCCCGCGCCCAGGCGGCCGGAGCCUCGUCCUCCCUUGCCGGACCGAAAGGGUCCGGCGGGGGCUGCGAGUUCUCCACAUCGGACUCUCGCACGGGUCUCGGAGGCGGAGAAGAAGAAGGAAGCAGUGAAGCGGCCGCUGGUGCUGGAAGAAAGGAAGCAGCUCUCGCUCCCUUCUUCUACUUCAGCUGCUUCAGCUGGAGGGGCAGCUCUCCGGUUUGACAAUUCUUUGAUUCUUUUACUUCUACUUGUAGUUUCUGUAUCGUGUGCUUUGUUUGCAGUUUCUCAGCGAAAGAGAGUUUUAGAGCUUGAGCAAGAGAUUAACAACAUCCGUCAGUUGUGUAGAGGAAAUGGUGUCGAUAGUGAUGAUGGUGUUAAAAUUUUGCAGCCUGAGGAUAGGAAUUCCAUUACUUAUUUUGGUAACAUUGACAGUAGAACUGUUGUUUUGUAUACUGUGGUGAUCUCACUAGCGACACCUUUUUUUCUUUUUAAAUACCUCGAUCACCUGCCUCAAUUAAAGACCCCAUCCAAAAGUAUGAAGAAUAACGAGGAAGAAGCUCCUUUAAAGAAGCGGAUUGCAUAUACAGUGGAUGUGUUCUUCUCUAUGUAUCCUUAUGCUAAGCUCCUUGCUCUUCUUUUUGCUACUGUGCUUCUUAUUGGAUUUGGAGGGUUGGCAUUGUAUGCCGUUAGUGAUGCUAGCAUUUCUGAAGCUCUUUGGCUUUCGUGGAGCUUUGUGGCGGACUCUGGAAACCAUGCUGACCAGGUUGGGCUGGGGCCAAGGAUUGUUUCAGUGUCUAUCAGUUCUGGGGGCAUGUUGAUAUUUGCGAUGAUGCUUGGGCUUGUAUCAGAUGCAAUAUCAGAAAAGGUGGAUUCUUGGCGGAAGGGGAAGAGUGAAGUGAUUGAGAGUAAUCACAUCCUAAUCCUUGGAUGGAGUGACAAACUGGGCUCUCUUCUCAAGCAGCUAGCAAUCGCAAAUAAGAGCCUUGGUGGUGGUGUAGUUGUGGUGCUAGCAGAAAGAGACAAAGAAGAAAUGGAGAUGGACAUAGCAAAACUAGAAUUUGAUUUCAUGAAAACAUCUGUUAUCUGUAGGAGUGGCAGUCCUCUCAUACUGGCCGACUUGAAAAAGGUUUCAGUUUCCAAAGCACGUGCUAUCAUUGUUUUGGCGGCUGAUGAAAAUGCAGACCAAAGUGAUGCACGUGCUUUGCGGGUUGUACUGAGCCUUACUGGUGUAAAAGAGGGCUUAAGGGGUCACGUUGUUGUCGAGAUGAGUGAUCUUGAUAAUGAGCCUUUAGUGAAACUUGUUGGAGGAGAACUAAUUGAAACUGUGGUUGCUCAUGAUGUGAUUGGACGUUUGAUGAUACAAUGCGCUCUCCAACCUGGCCUUGCACAGAUAUGGGAAGAUAUAUUGGGAUUUGAGAAUGCUGAGUUCUAUAUAAAAAGGUGGCCUCAGUUGGAUGGUAUGCAUUUUGAGGAUGUACUAAUUUCAUUCCCUGAUGCAGUACCUUGUGGAGUUAAGGUUGCUGCAAAUGAUGGGAAAAUCAUAAUAAACCCUGAUGACAAUUAUGUUCUAAAUGAUGGCGAUGAAAUCCUCGUUAUUGCUGAAGAUGAUGAUACUUAUGCUCCGGGUCCUUUACCAGAGGUACGCAGAGGUUUUCUACCUAAUGCUCCUUGCCCUCGUAAAUAUCCAGAAAAGAUUUUGUUCUGUGGUUGGCGUCGGGACAUUGAUGAUAUGAUAAUGGUGUUAGAGGCUUUUCUUGCUCCAAAUUCUGAACUGUGGUUGUUCAAUGAGGUACCAGAGAAGGAAAGAGAAAAGAAGCUGGCAGAUGGUGGGUUAGAUCCUUUACGAUUGAUAAAUAUUAAACUUGUCCACAAGGAGGGAAAUGCUGUCAUCCGUCGACAUUUAGAAAGCCUUCCUUUGGAAACAUUCGAUUCUAUUUUAAUACUGGCAGAUGAGUCUGUAGAGGACUCCAUUGUGCAUUCUGACUCACGAUCUCUGGCUACCCUUCUCCUAAUUCGUGAUAUUCAGUCCAAGCGUCUUCCAUCCAAGGGAGCAAAAUCUCUGCGGUUUGCUGGCUUCUCUCACAGCUCCUGGAUCCGUGAGAUGCAGCAAGCUUCAGAUAAAUCAAUAAUCAUCAGUGAAAUCUUGGAUUCCAGGACUAGGAACCUUGUAUCUGUCUCUAGAAUAAGUGAUUAUGUUCUGUCAAAUGAGCUAGUUAGCAUGGCAUUAGCUAUGGUAGCUGAAGACAAGCAAAUUAACCGGGUUCUUGAAGAGCUUUUUGCUGAAGAGGGUAAUGAGCUGCGCAUACGGCCUGCAGAAUAUUAUUUGUAUGAGCAAGAGGAAUUGUGCUUUUACGAUAUCAUGGUUAGGGGUCGUGAGAGACAGGAGAUUGUGAUUGGCUAUCGCCUAGCCAAUACUGACAAUGCGAUAAUUAAUCCUACACACAAAUCAGAGAUUAGAAAGUGGUCCCUUGAUGAUGUUUUUGUUGUCAUCUCUAAUGGAGAAUGAAGUCAUAAGGUAGUUUUUGGUAAGUUUCACUGUUUGAUUUCAGCUGUUGUAUAUUCGUAACGGAAGUCCCUAUUGACCAAAAAGAAGGAAGAUAGUCACAGAAUCAAACCAAACUGCCAAUGAAUCGUACUAAUCCUAUCUUUAAUUGUUAGGUCUGUAUAUGUUUGUACAGCUGAUCACCUGCAUCUCCGUACAUUUUUUCAUUGCUGCUCUAAGUUAUUCAUGGAUCUGUUUGGCCAGUUUAAAGAUAA